GAGUAUUUCGUCGCUGUCCGAUGAAAAACACGUAUCUCCAGUUUUUGCGUUUUUUACUUUUUUUCAUGUGUUGAAUGUGGGAAUGCAUCUCUACCUAUCCAUACAAGUGAAGAUGAAAAUGACCAAUCAAAAGUCUGAAAAAUCGCUCAUCUGUUUUCCGCGUAUCUCCAUUGGCUGCUAGACCUGUCUGUCAAACCGCGUAUCUCCUCCUCCCAACCCCCGCCACCUCUCUCUGUGGACGUGAAGAAAGUUGUUCUCCGGCAGCGUAGCUCAAACACUCAAGACCAGAAAUGUCUCUCUCAUUGAAAGAGCUAUGUGCACUGGUAAAUGUACCGUAUGAUAGGACACUGGAGGAAAAGGUGUUUAGUGAGGAAGAUGAGGAAGACGAGGAAGAGGAUGCACUUUGCCCCAGAAAUAUCUCUGGACAAGAACAGGCCACUGAGGAUGUGCAAGAUCAGGUGGAACAUAAUGAAUCCGAAAAAGACGAUGCACAUUGUUCAAAAAAUAUCUCUGGACAAGAGGAUGCUGCUGAUGGACAAGAUCAAAUGGCACACAAUGGAUCUGAACUAGUGGAUGCACAUUGUUCAAGAAAUAUCUCUGGACAAGAGGAUGCUGCUGAUGGACAAGAUCAAAUGGCACACAAUGGAUCUGAACUAGUGGAGGGCAAUAAAGAAAAUGAUGUAGCUGAGGAGGCUUUAGGUGGAGAGUCUCGCAUGGGAAGACCAAAAAGGCGGACAAACACAGAGACCUGGAAAGUCAACACUCAGAAAAGGAGAAGAAUGAUGGGUCAGUCAUAUCUUGGAAGAAGGCAAAAUGAGGAAGUGACGAGGGAAGAAAGAAAAAUGGGUAGGCCAUGCCAGUCUGUAUUUUGUAGGAAAUCGAAAAAGCUGCACUGUGAAGCAAUACAGGAAGCGGACAGGGAGGCAAUUUUUAAAUACUUCUGGGAAAAAUUAGACUGGAGGGAGAGGAAAAUUUAUGUUGUGUCACUGGUAGAUGUAGGCCCUGUGAGAAGACGACGGACAGGAGAAGAACAGUCAAGGAGGUCAGCAUCCAUUCUGUGUCACCUUAAAGUGGAUGGCAAAAGGACCAGGGUAUGUCAGAGCAUGUUUCUUUCAACACUAGGGAUCAAGCAGUGGUGCUUUCUAAGUUGGGUUGGCCGGAGAGAGCCUGAAAAGAUAAAGAAAACCAGCAUCAGGAAUGAAGAGGUUGAGUUCCUUCAGCAGUUUCUAAAGGACCUUCCUAAGGUUCCAUCUCAUUACUGCAGAUCUUCCUCUACAAAAAUGUACUUGGAACCUCUUUUUAAAUCCAUCAGUCAUCUUCAUUCUGAAUACACCCAUGCUUGUGCAGAAAAUAAUGUCCAGUCUCUUUCAAGACAAGUAUUCAGUAGCAUUUUUAACCAAUUAAAUCUCUCGCUGUUUCACCCCAAGAAAGAUCAGUGCAAUACGUGCUGUUCAUAUAAAGUUGGAAACAUAGAUGCUGGCACAUGGGAAGAACAUUGCAGGAAGAAGGAGUCAGCAAGAGUGAGCAAGCAGGAAGAUAAAAACAAUGCAACUGAGAAAACAAUGGUGGUGUGUAUGGAUCUGCAGGGUCCAAACUUCAAGCCUCAGCACUCUACUAUAAAACCAAGCUUGGUGUCCACAACUUCACAAUGUACAACAUGGCAACCCAUGAUGCUACUAAUUAUUUGUGGCAUGAAGGGGAAGGUGGACUCACAGCUAAUGAAUUUGCUUCAUGUAUCAUCCACUUCCUUGAGGAACACAGCAUGCAUGAUGAAUACAUCUUAUGGAGUGAUGGAUGCAGCUAUCAAAAUCGCAACAUAGUUUUAAGCAAUGCUCUGCUGAAGUUUGCAACUGAGAAGCAAAAGGUCGUUACCCAGAAGUACUUGGAAAAAGGGCAUACACAAAUGGAAUGCGACUCCGUGCACAGCGUGAUAGAGAGAAGACUGAGAGACAGAGACAUCCAUGUUCCAGCCGAGUAUGCCACGGUGAUCAGAGCAGCACGGUCCAAUCCCAGGCCAUACAAUGUGCAAUAUGUCAACCACAGUUUCUUCCAGGACUACAGCAAGCUGAAGCUUUGUAAGUCCAUCCGUCCUGGCAAAAACCCUGGAGAAUCAACUGUGUUUGACCUCCGGGCUAUCAGGUAUGCUCCAUGACAUAGAUUCUCAUCUGUCUCACUCUAGUACGCUCAAUUAUGUCUCAUUGAGUUGCACAAACAUAAAUAAAAAAUUAACAAAACAGACAUUCGCGAUUAAGAUAAUGGCAGUUCUUAUCACCACCCGACUGAUAUAUCCCUGGUAUCAUUACUGGUUAUAUUAAACUGUUGUUAUACUUACCUUAGCACUUUGAAUGACCGUUGUGUAUGAAAGGUGCUAUAUAAAUAAACUUGCCUUGCCUUAGAUGCUUACCUGUUAUACUUACCAUAGAUGCUUACCUGUUAUACUUACCUGUUAAACUUACCUUAGAUGCUUACCUGUUAUACUUACCUGUUAAACUUACCUUAGAUGCUUACCUGUUAUACUUACCUGUUAUACUUACCUUAGAUGCUUACCUGUUAUACUUACCUGUUAUACUUACCUUAGAUGCUUACCUGUUAUACUUACCUGUUAUAAAUUUGCACACUUUUUGUGUUUUUUACCAUUUGCUCUCUUCCCUCUGUUUUCCUUUGAUCUCCUGGCCCCUUUCCCAUUCUUACUUUUCACCCUCUUUUUCUCAGGUACAACGUGGAUGGUACCAUGGACUACAAAACUGUCCAUGCAGAUGACUGGACACCUUACCUCUCACCCACUCUUAGGAAGAGGAACAGUGACACCACAGUGCUGCCACUGUACACAUCCAGCCUGAGAAUCAAGGCGCUGAAAUACAAGCACCUCCAAGAACUUAAGAAUUUCAUUCCCAAGGACUUUCAUGGAUUUUAUGAUUCACUUAACUAUGAGUGAUAUGCAUCACCAGUCUGCAGGUUCACUGUUUAAUGUGGAGUUGGCUCACGUGUGUACAUAAAAAAAAAAAAAAGCCACAGACCAUUUUCUUGAGUCUGACUGUGAGUCUCAAAACAUGAUUUAUGUGUUUUCCUAAUGAUUUCCCACAAGUAAUUCAGAUUUGUAUCCAAUAUCUACAUGGAAUUUAGUUAUUUAUCAAAAAGAGAUAUAACAUUUUAUUAGUAGUUGAUACAGGUUAUUCUAUUGAAAUGUUUGUUGGUUCGUAUGUUUUUUCUUGUACAUAUCUGAAAUUUAUAUGAGGUUUUUAUUAAAUGAUUGACGUUUCCUCGUACAGUAAAUAAUAACUUGAUUUAUAAAUUACAUUGUCUGUAACUUUUAAAUUUGUAUUAGUUGAAAGGUAUCUAAGUGACAUAGUAAAACAUUUCUUAAUAAAUCUAUAAAUAUC